UCUGCCCUGGUGGUGCCCGCAGCUGAAUCCAAUUUAGGAGACGGUCCUGGCGCUUGCUGGACUUUCUUGGGCGCCAUGACACCUUCUUCGCCUCGCUAUUGUAACUCAAUCAGCGUGACAGAGUGACCUCCAGCCUUGUCCUCGUCGACACUCUCACCUGUGUUAAUGAGAGGUCCUUUGGUGGCAGAGCAGACAUGCAGUGGUUUUUUGGGAUGAAGUUCAUUUUCAUGGCAAAGAGGGGCUUUACAAUUCAUUGGAUCACUCUUCAGAACAAACCGUCAUCAUAAAAACUGAGGCAGCAAACUUUUUGAACCGUUAAUAUUUGUGUCAUUCUCAAAACUUUUGGCCACGACUGUAUAUUUGUCUAUUAUCUAUUUAUUUAUUUGUUUAAAGAGCUUCUGUAAAACUCCAAAUUUCCCCUUGGGGACUAAUAAAAGUUCUACCUAUCAAUCUGUAAAUUUUGUAAUUGUAUUUUACCUGUUAACUUCUUAAAGCGUUCCAAGUCCGCAGUUAAUGAGGAGCGCAAUAUAAAAAAAUAUACUUGAUAUAAUUAAAAAAAAUGAAUGGGAAAUCACAGCGGCGAGAGCCAAAACAAGAUUUUAAGAAUGGCAGGUUCAAGAUGAAAGCUGGGACUUGUUAAAUCUCUUGCCACUAUGUUUUACAUUACUAGCAAAUCUGCGGUGAAUUCUCACAUCAUAAGUCGGCGGAGAUUUAUUUUGGACAGAUUGCACUGGCUCUGUAAGUUUCAUCGCAAUCUGUAAAUCAAUAUGCCUCCCAGCUGGGUUCCACACUUCCUGACGCUAACGCUUGGCAUGCUCCUUUAUUUUUUGUCCUUUUCAAAUGAGUAUUUAGUUUUAACAAUAUUCAAAAAAAAAAAAAAAAAAUCUAUGUAUAUAAAUUUCACUGAGUACCACGAGCAGAUGAUUUGCAGCAGUCUCUGCCUCGAGUGUAAUGAAGAGGCACUGAAUUGGCGCUGCCGGGUUCCCCGAUCCCCCAGAGGCUGUAGUAGCGGAGAGGCCCUGUUGACCCUCCGCUCUGUGAUCUUUGAAACUUGAUGUCGUUCUGUGCUGGCAACAUUAAUAGCGUGCGUUAUUUUCAGACGAGGUAAUGAUUAGACUGCAAAUGCUCAGUUAACCUUUGCAAUUUCACGCAAUUUCCCAGCUUUAUUUGGAGGCGAGGGGGGAGUUAAUGUGUAAUUAAAUAGAGAGCCGGAGUCCUGCCGCUGAAGAUGCCUCGUGGAAUACUUAAACCUGCCAUCGGGGGAGCCGGCCGGGCAGAGAGAGUGAAAGAGAGUGAGAGAGAGAGAGGGGGGAAAAAAAAACUGUAGACGUAAAUAACUGUUACCUGCUCAAGCCAAGGCCUCGUCACAUUGAAAUUCAGCAUGGAGCCGCAGCCAACUUCGACGCUCCAAUUCGACAUCACUGUAGAUGAGAACGAUUACAAAGCCGGCGUCACUGAGCUGAUGUGUAAACUACGACCUCAUUGGAACCCCGCAGAAAUUAAACUGAAGCUGUUCACUGAUGGAAUCACCAACAAGCUGCUUGGCUGCUACACGGACGACUCGAUGGAGGACACGCUUCUCAUCCGCAUCUAUGGCAACAUGACGGAACUCUUUGUGAAUCGCGCCAAUGAACUGAAGAACCUGCAGAUCCUGCAUGCCAACCACUGCGGCCCGAAGCUGUACUGUACUUUUAAGAAUGGCAUCUGUUAUGAGUUUGUCAAGGGCACCGUCCUGGACAAGUGGCUGGUGAGGGAGCCCCGUGUUUUCAGGUUGGUUGCUCAGGCGUUGGCGAGGAUUCAUUCCAUUCAGCUUGAAAAUGGCUCGUCGGUGCAGCCGGUCCUGUGGAAGAAGCUGUCGACUUACCUGAGCUUAAUCAGAGCCAGUGGGGACGACUCAGCAGCUUGUGUGCGGUUUUCGGCGGACGUGCCCAGCCUGGAGGUCCUGGCCAGCGAGAUCGAGGCCCUCAAGCAGCACCUGUCCCAGAUCAAAUCGCCGGCCGUGCUGUGCCACAACGACCUGCUGUGUAAAAACAUCAUCUACAACGAGGCGCAAGGCUACGUCCGUUUUAUCGACUACGAGUAUGCUGACUGGAACUACCAAGCGUAUGACAUCGGGAAUCACUUCAACGAGUUUGCAGGUGUGACUGAUGUCGAUUACCGCCUGUACCCGAGCCAGCAGCUGCAAACCGACUGGCUUGGCGCCUACCUGGAGACCUACAAGGAGCGGCGUGGCAUGGCUGGCGUGGUCACCGAGGCCGAGGUGCACAGGCUCUACGUGCAGGUCAACAAGUUUGCCCUGGCCGGCCAUUUCAGUUGGGGUCUGUGGGCUCUCCUCCAGUCGAGGUACUCCAAGAUCGACUUUGACUUCGUCAGGUACGCGGCCGCCCGCUUCAACUUCUACUUCCGAAUGAAGGCUGACGUCCUGGACAUGAAGCUCCCAUAAAUUCCCACCAGACGGGUGCCCUGAUGCCACGGAGGAUGCCAGCCUGCCAUCACUUUGUGUGACUGACUGAUAAAGACAAGACGAGCAAGGAGAGGACAGGGGGCACUUCUCCAGUCCACCACAUGAGGACGCUAUUCAGCGAGCCUCAUUUCCCAGUUCACCACGUGAAGAAAAGACAGAAAGUCGGGAAGCGGCGGACGGCGUCUUCGUUUUACUCAAUCGAAAUCUCGCCGCCGCGUUUAUCAAAUAUUCUCUUCUUUGAUCCCAGAAAAAAAGGCGAAGUACAAUAGGA